GAGGGCUUCAUGCAUCUCUCCCAUCAGUGGGGCUACUCUUGCCCCCUCCUCCUCCUUUCGAUGGGAUCGCAGAGCCUUUCAAGGGGGGCUCCAGAAGCACCACCUCGCUGUGGCCAAAGAGAGAGAGAGAAAAGGAGAGAGGCAGAGAAGAAGGAGGGAGAGAAAGGAGGGAGGCAAGCAGCGCUUAGGAAACUCAGCGGAGCCAGAUCCAAGGCGGAGCAGGACAGGCAAAGACGGAGAGGCAGAAGGCUGGCUGCGGAGAAGACCCAGUCUCCACAGAGUUUAGAAAACGAUGCUGAUUCUUCUCUGAGCAUCUCAGGGAAGUCCAGGCAAAAAGGUCCCACCUUGAAGAUCAAAGCGGACUAGCAUCUUCCUGAGCUCGGUUUGAGGGGGAUAUUUCCAUCUAUCCAUCCAUCCAUCCAUCCUUCUCUCUCUCUCUCUCUCUCUUUCUCCUCUAGCCUUUUCUUUCUUGUUGAGUUGAAUUUUUGAAAAACCUUCUUGGCGUGGGGAAGGCAGCGGAGGAGGCAGAGAGCUCCCAGGAGGUGGAAGGAGCAGGGGAAAGGAUGGAUCGGGACCAAGGGAGGAGGCUGAGGAGGACCAAGGGGAUGCUCAAGGGCUCCCCGCGUUGAUCUUUUCCCUCCGCGCAUCCUCCUCCCAGGAAGGUGGGCUUUUGGUGCUCCGCAAUGGGAUUCCUCGCCUUGCAAGAGCAGCUCCUCGUCCUCCUCUGCGCAAACUUCUUCCCUGCCUUCAGCCAUGUAGAAUCUCGAGCCCAUGCUGAGGAACGUCUCCUGAAGAAACUCUUCGUUGGAUAUAACAAGUGGUCUCGGCCGGUUGCAAACAUUUCUGAUGUGGUCAUUGUGCGGUUUGGAUUGUCCAUUGCACAGCUUAUAGAUGUUGAUGAAAAAAACCAAAUGAUGACCACGAAUGUGUGGGUGAAACAAGAGUGGCAUGAUUAUAAACUACGCUGGGAUCCUGAGGAAUAUGAAAAUGUUACAUCGAUACGAAUUCCUUCUGAGCUCAUUUGGAGACCAGACAUUGUUUUGUAUAACAAUGCAGAUGGGGAUUUUGCAGUCACCCACCUCACCAAAGCCCACUUAUUCUAUGACGGCCGUAUCAAAUGGAUGCCACCAGCAAUUUACAAAAGUUCCUGCAGCAUUGAUGUUACCUUCUUCCCUUUUGACCAGCAAAACUGCACCAUGAAAUUUGGCUCAUGGACAUAUGACAAGGCCAAGAUAGACUUGGAGAGUAUGCACCACCAUGUGGACCAGCUGGACUAUUGGGAGAGUGGAGAAUGGGUGAUCAUCAAUGCCGUGGGCAAUUAUAACAUCAAGAAGUAUGAGUGUUGCUCAGAGAUUUACCCUGAUAUCACCUAUUCCUUCAUCAUCAGGCGCCUCCCUUUGUUCUACACCAUCAACUUAAUCAUCCCUUGUCUACUGAUUUCCUGCCUGACUGUCUUAGUCUUCUAUUUGCCUUCAGAGUGUGGGGAGAAGAUCACUCUUUGCAUCUCAGUCCUUUUGUCUUUAACUGUCUUUCUUCUCCUCAUCACUGAAAUCAUCCCCUCCACCUCUUUGGUGAUCCCCUUGAUUGGGGAGUACUUGCUGUUCACAAUGAUUUUCGUUACCUUGUCCAUCAUCAUUACUGUCUUUGUGCUCAAUGUUCACCACCGCUCCCCCCGUACUCACACUAUGCCAGAUUGGGUGAGGAAGGUUUUUCUUGAUGUUGUCCCACGUCUUCUUUUCAUGAAGCGUCCUUCAAUGGUGAAGGACAACUGCAAGAAGCUCAUUGAGUCCAUGCACAAAAUAGCCAACUCUCAGCGGUUCUGGUCUGAGACUGAAGUGGAAGCCAAGUUCACUACCUCAUCAUCCAACAGCCCGCAAAGCAAUGAACAAUCACCCACAUCCUCUUUUUGCACCCAUCUUGAUGACCAAGCAAAACCACAGCCCCCAGUGUGCAAGUCACCAUCUGGCCAGUAUUCCAUGUUGCUUGCAGAGCCAAUUCGGGCUAGCUGCACAUCUCUCCAACCUCCAUGUCACUCAUUAGGAGAUUCCCAAUCCAGCUCCAUUUCCAAAAGUAGGUCACUCAGUGUCCAGCAGAUGUACAGCAGCCCAGGGAAGGCAGAGGAAGGAACCAUACGUUGCCGAUCUAGGAGCAUUCAGUACUGCUACUUGCAAGAGGAGUCAUCCCAGACCAAUGGGCAAUCUAGUGGGUCACCAGCCUCCCCACGGUGCCAUCUCAAUGACGAGCAGCCCAAAACCAAACCCACUCAUUGCAAGUGCAAGUGUAAAAAAAAUGAGUCUGCCAGCACAUCAGGGCAAGGGAGCAAGACUCUUGGCAUGAAAGACCAGCAGGUAUUGUUGAUGUCACCUGCCUUGAAGUUAGCUGUGGAGGGAGUCCAUUAUAUUGCAGACCACUUGAGGGCAGAAGAUGCAGAUUUUUCAGUGAAGGAGGACUGGAAGUAUGUUGCAAUGGUUAUCGACAGAAUCUUCCUCUGGAUGUUCAUCAUAGUCUGCUUGCUGGGGACUGUGGGCCUUUUCCUUCCACCUUGGCUGGCAGGGAUGAUCUAGGGACAAAGCAACUCUGAAAAGGAACCAGUUGCAUCUCAUUCAACCAAUUUCAGUCCACCUGGGAAGAGGCCAAGCUGAACACUGGAGACAGCUGCUAUGAAUAACUAACCAUAACAUCUGCGCAUGAACUGUUCCUGGAAGCUCUGGGGAGGCCUUCCAAGGUUUCAUCACCUGCCUAAGCCAU